AUGCAACAACUUGAGGAACUUGAAGAAGAAAAUGAGCACUCUGAACGAGAGCGCAACUAUUUCGCGGUCAUGGUGGCGCGGCUGAUGUUGCGCGAACGGUGUGUGUGGACGUAUGCACGGCCGGAGUCGUGGUUCGAGACCACGCUACCGCAUCUUCCCGCAAGUGCUUUCAGAGAAAACUUCAGGUUGGAUGUGAGCAGGUUUCGAUACAUCGUGAGUGUUUGCGGAAGCAUGGCACGGCUAGACACGAACAUGCGUAAAGCCAUUCCUCUGACGAAACGCGUCGCCAUUGGUCUGUACAGGCUGGCCACAUCUGCUGAAGAAAGAACAGUGGCGAACCUUUUUGGAGUCAGCAGGUCGUCGGUGAACAUCAUAUUCCGCGAGUUCUGCAAUGUAGUUGUGCGUCGCCUGGAGCCACGGUUUGUCCGAUUGCCAAGGGCGCAAGAACUGGUCGAGCACCUUCGCCAGUUUGCUGCUGUUGCCGGCUUCCCACAAGGAGUAGGUGCCCUCGACGGCUGUCAUAUUGAAGUUUGCCCGCCCCAGGAUCAUGCAUCAGAUUACUAUAACUACAAGGGAUGGUACAGCACCAUUCUAUUGGCUGUGGUGGACCACCAUUACAAGUUUAUGUACACUAAUGUGGGUUCACCAGGUCGGAUGCCUGAUGCAGCGGUGUUCGAGAGAUCUCAACUGCCAAAGCGUUUGGAAAGCGACCUCUUCAAAAUGGGAGGGAAGCAGAUCCAUGGAGUGGCAGUUGGGCCCGUCCUUCUUGCAGACCAGGCAUUCCCACUGCAACUGCACCUGAUGAAGCCUUAUGUAAGAGCAGGGUCCGACGGAUCGAGCACGAGAGCAUUCAAUUACCGACUGUCCAGUGCCAGACGAGUGGUCGAGAAUGCGUUUGGGCGACUGAAGGCUUGA